CGGAGAAAAAUUCCAGCAUCUCUGGAUGUAGUAUAACAUCCCCUUCUGGUUACGCAACUGUUAACGAAGAAAAGAGAAAGAAAGUGUUUAGGGCUCCAUCCCUCCUUGGUAGAGUGUAGAUCUGGAAAAUUUGGAUCGCGCUCGCUCAAGAUGGAUUGCAAGAAGGCGCUCAUCACCGGCAUCACAGGCCAGGACGGCUCCUACCUCACCGAGUUCCUCCUCUCCAAAGGCUACGAGGUCCACGGGAUCAUCCGCCGCUCCUCCAACUUCAACACCCAGCGCCUGGAUCACAUCUACAUCGACCCCCACAUCUCCGCCGCCCGGAUGAAGCUCCACUACGGCGAUCUCGCCGACGCCUCCGCCCUGCGCAAGUGGGUCGACGCCAUCCUCCCCGACGAAGUCUACAACCUGGGCGCCCAGUCCCACGUCGGCGUCUCCUUCGAGAAUCCCGACUACACCGCCGACGUCGUCGCCACUGGAGCUCUCCGCCUCCUCGAGGCCGUCAAGACCCACUGCUCCACCACGGGUCGCCAGAUCCGCUACUACCAGGCCGGAUCCUCCGAGAUGUAUGGCUCCACGCCGCCGCCCCAGGACGAGGCCACCGCGUUCCACCCCCGGAGCCCCUACGCCGCCGCCAAGGUGGCCGCGCACUGGUACACCGUCAACUAUCGCGAGGCCUAUGGUCUCUUCGCUUGCAAUGGCAUCCUCUUCAACCACGAGAGCCCCCGGCGCGGCGAGAACUUCGUCACCCGCAAGAUCACUCGCGCAGUCGGGCGGAUCAAAGUCGGGCUCCAGAAGAAGCUCUUCCUCGGCAACCUCAAGGCGAGCAGGGACUGGGGAUUCGCCGGUGACUACGUCCAGGCGAUGUGGCUCAUGCUCCAGCAGGAGACGCCGGAUGACUACGUGGUGGCCACCGAGGAGUCGCACACCGUGGAGGAGUUUCUCGAGGAGGCGUUUGGCUACGUUGGUCUCGAGUGGAGGGAGCACGUCGAGAUUGAUCCUAGGUACUUUCGGCCCACCGAGGUGGAUAAUCUCCGCGGCUCGGCGGCCAAGGCCAGGAGUGCGCUGGGAUGGAAGCCCAAGGUGUCGUUCAAGCAGCUGGUGGCCAUGAUGGUGGACUCGGAUCUGGAGAAAGCACAGCGUGAGAAGGUGCUUGUGGAGCACGGGUUUAUCGAUUCUCACCAGCAGCCGUAGCUGCUUUCCAGGUUUUCUUGCUUGUUCCAGGUUUGCUCUCGUUUGUUUUGCUUCCAAUCCGAGAGUCGGGGUGAGUGAGUGGAGCAAAUGAGCGAGCUUUGAUCCGUCAUCUUUCUUUUUCGAUGAAUUCGUGAUCACAUCCAAUAAGUUUUCUCUUUUCCAGCAGGGCUUCUUCCUUUGCGCGAGAAUACUUGCUAUGUAAAAGCUACAAGCCGCAAGAAUAUAAUUUUCUCUGUUUCACCUUGGCAAA